AUGUGUUUGUUCUCGGUCAUCAUCGUCGACGAGUCCCACCUUGCCAAGAAGCAGACAACGCUGCUCAAUAUGACCAUCCGUCCCCUUGAGUACGGCGUGGCUUUGCUUCUAACUGGGACGCCGGUAUUCAACACCUGCCGAGAUCUGGCUGGCCAGCUCAUGCUACUGCCAGGGGGAAGGGGGGCAUUCGAAAACCUGGACCACCUUACUGAGCUUAUUCGACUGGGUCGACCUGCUUGGGAAGGUGAAGAAGAAAUGGUACACGUGGACGGUCCAGGAGGUCAUCGUCGAUUACUACUCAACAACCUGCUGGCGGCCUUGACUAUAUCAGUCUACUUCAGCAAGCAUCGCUACUCACAACUCAAGAUCGACAACUGGGUCAGAAAGGCCCAAAUCGCGAUAAACAGGUCUAGACGUCAAGGCAACAAGAGCGGUUUGGGGUUUGGGAUAGCGCUCCUGAGGAGUGCACAAGUUGAGGCUGCCAACCCGCUCCUUCGCUGUGCAAAAGAUAUCGGCAUGAGGACCAAGGUCCAACCGAACAACUACGCACAUCCAGAGCUUGAGGACUGUAUCAUGAUGGCCUUCAUGGAAUGA